AUCCGUUGCACUAGCGGAUGGCGCUAAGGCUGCUGGGAACAAGAAAAUGACUACGCAGAAGAAGUUGAAGUUGCCAGCUCCUCAAGGGGCUGUGACUCCUCGCGCGCGGAAGCAAGAUCAAGAAGCCGUCAAUGGAGCCGCAGAUGGCGCGUCUGCGGCGAUGGUGAGAACGAUUUGUUUGCCGGAGUCGCUUGUUGGACCUGUGCCUGCGAUUGCACAACAAGGAGACAAGAAGAAAGGAAAAGCGAUGAAAAGCAAAGUAGAGUCAGUGGCUGGGCCGAGCAACCAUAGCCAUUCAGUGGGGAUGAAUCACUUCGGUCUGCAAGAACAAAAAGUAAAGCAGUCUAUUCGUCCGCUGUGUGGGACUGCGCCUGUGCCUGCCGCUGUGCCGCAAGUGAAAGCAAUUAGCUCUAGUUCAAGUUCUACGGAUGCGCAACUUGCUG